UCUCAAUUCAUUUACCUUGUGACUGACACUUUAUGCAGUGAUGAAAAGUGUCGUUUCGUUGUGCGACGGACUUACUAACUGCUACCUUUUCUGUUGUGAGAUUUUUUUAACGUAGCUGGUGUUUAUGCAAUCUUUUAAUAUCUAUAACAGCACUAUAAAAUGGUCUUUAAGCAUGUUAUCGGCUAAGUAAACAGUAUAGUCCUAAAAAUUCUAAUUAAUAUCGUAGUGCCUGUGAAUGUGUUUACGACAUUUUGGUGCCUUUUAGCCAUGCUGAGAAAAACCAGAAAUUUGGUAAGGUAAACUUCCUUUGUUAGUGUCGAUUGUCCAUCUUCCCAUUAUUAGAGGGAAGGAUUCUAUGUUUACAAGUUGCUAGAAAUGCAUAUGGUUCAUUCUGCUCGUUGAGACGGAAAAUCUUCUUGUCUCUUGUCAUAGUUUUUACUCUUCUAUCUUGGAGACGUUGAUUGAAGUUUUUAUUACACUUGCGAAGUUGUACUCGUGCUUGGAAACGAAUCAAUACGUUGUCCGAACUACGUGAUUGAGACAAAGGUGUUGAAAUAUGAUCGUCGUUAUUUUUUCGUAGCAGAUACGCCAUAAAGAAAGUAGCCGCAAAUUACCAUAACAAUAAUAUGGAUGCUCAGUGAUUGAUGUAUUAAACACGUGAACAUUUAUCAGGAUGUGCGGAUUAAAGAUAAAAAUCGACAGGCCUGCUUGGUCGAUUUGUAUGAUAUUACACAAUUAGAGCUUGUUUUGUUUACCCGAAGCACUCAAAUAAUUGAACUCUUCUCGUACAGUUUCACUUAAAUUCGUAGAGAGGCUUGUAAAAUGGCCGGCUUUCGUGUGCCCUUUACCCAAAUUCCAGCGUUGCCUCGUUUGGACUUUCUGCAGCCCUCAGACUCGUACGUGGUCGGAUCAACUAUGCCGUCGAGCUCGUGCACCUUAGGCUUCCGUGGGGCGCCGCCCCACAGCUUUUUCAAAGGUUCCCCUUGCGCUUCAGCUAUGAGAGAUAGUGACCAAAUCGUUCACACCAUGCCUCAAAGAGAUUCUGGCGAGUUGGAAACCAAUAUUAUACCAAUAUCUUGCUACGAAGGAGCUUUCUUCACGGGCAGUACAUUAUCGUCCACAGUCCAGCAUGGAAUGCCUCCUCAAGCCUGGGAUAACUCCCAUCAAGACUUUCAAAGUGCCCAGCUAACCUUUCCCAGAAAAGAAUACGAUGGAAGCAACUUGAAUUUUCAGAGUUUUGCUGCGAGUUACAAUGCAACGCCAGGGUUGGGAAUUUCUGUGGAUCCACCCAUCACCUAUAGCCUGGCUCUGCCUGCGCCUCAUAACCCACUAAAGUGCUGCUGGGUAGUUCAGCAUCAUGAUAAAGAGCUUAGUUCUGUGUGCGAUCAAGUGUUUGGCACCAUAGACCACUUGGUAGGCCAUGUCACUGAGCUUCAUAUUUACAACAGCACCUCACUGCGAUACGUAUGCCGUUGGAAGGACUGUUCCAGGAAUGGGCUUCCAUUCAAGGAACGCUACAGGCUAGUGAACCAUCUGCGAGUUCAUACUGGGGAGAAGCCUUUUAUGUGCAUGUAUCUUGGAUGUGGUAGGCGAUUUUCACGUGCGGAGAAUCUGAAAAUACACAAGAGGACGCAUACUGGAGAGAAGCCAUUUCUAUGCACUUUUCCCGACUGUGGACGCCGUUUUGGCAACUCAAGUGACAGGAAGAAGCACUCGCAUGUGCAUACCUCAGACAGACCUUUCUUGUGUCGAUUGAAGGAGUGUAAGAAGCGCUUCAGUGAGGUUAAUUCGCUAAGGAAACAUAUGAAGUUACACGAAGAGAGAGGCGAUGUCUUCUAAGAGACGACCCCUGUAAAUUAAUAACUCAUAGUCGAUGAAAAAAAAAAAUUUUUAUCUUUUUUUGGUCAAAAGCACUCUCGUUGUGUUGUAUCUGUUGAGUAUAGUGCAGAAGGUUUGUUUUCAAAGGUAUUAGAGCUAUAUGAGGUCACGUUUCUUUGUCUUGCAAAGGAGAUUUUAGUGAUCCAUGUUAUCACGCUUUUGUUAAAUC